AGUAUUCGAAGUAAUCGGUGCAAACGGAAUCCCUCUCUAUAUACAGAUCUAAAUCCCCAAUUUUUUUCAACUCCUAAAUUCUCCAAAGAUUUUGGUUCUGUACUGUUCUUUCACUCGCGGAAGGGUUUGGAAGUUGAUUUUUCAUGGAGGGAACCGGAGGUGAUGGUCCCUCAGCAGCUGCUGCCGCACUUGACCAACGGAGGCAUGAGCUGUCAAAACUUUUUCAGCAUUAUCUAGAUAAAUCCACCCCACAUUCUCUUUAUCGGUGGAUUGGGACAGUUUGUUUGGUGCUUCUUUAUGCUCUGCGGGUUUAUUAUGUUCAGGGAUUCUACAUUGUUACCUAUGGUUUGGGGAUCUACCUUCUCAAUUUGCUCAUUGGGUUUUUGUCACCUCUUGUUGACCCCGAGCUGGAACCGAACGAAGGACCUUCACUGCCCACUAAGGGUUCUGACGAGUUCAAGCCUUUCAUUCGCCGUCUUCCUGAGUUCAAAUUCUGGUAUGCCAUCACAAAGGCUUUCUGUGUAGCUUUCCUGAUGACAUUCUUUUCCAUGUUCGAUGUUCCAGUAUUUUGGCCUAUCCUAUUAUGUUAUUGGAUUGUUCUUCUUUUUCUAACAAUGAAGCGUCAAAUCAUGCACAUGGUCAAGUACAGAUACAUUCCGUUUAAUUUGGGAAAACAGAAAUAUGGAAAGAAAAAGCCGGCGUCAAGUGCCAGCAGCCCCCGAGACUGAACUUGAGUCCGUUUGUGAUUUGAUUAGAAUCUGAGAGUGGGAGGAAGUGGGAAAGAUGGAUUUGAUUACGAUGAUUUACUCUAUUUGUUUCCGUGAUUUGUACUUGAAAAUGACGGGUAUAUUAGGAGUAUAGUUCAGUUGCACGCUGUUAUUUGAUCAUGGCAGCAAACUGUUAAUCGUGCUUGUAGAAGUAAAAGCAUCAUUUUGUUUGACAUGCCACAGGGAGAUUACCAGUUCUUUUAUGAUGUUAUUUCAUCUUCAUUAUUAGGGGACUCAAACUAAUAUGCCUACAUUGUAUUAAAAGAUUAUCUAUUUUAUUUCUCUUGAUAUGAA